AUGGGCAUUAUGUAUCCACUCUCGGCUCGGCAUCACAAACGCAGUUCCAGAACGGCCAUCAUUGUCACCGUUAUCGUGGUCUCCACAGGAUUCCUCACCUCUUACUACCAUUUCAGUUAUUACUGCGCUUAUAAACGUUUCUGUAAUGGGACGCAAUUCCAUGCGAUGUGCAUUCGAAGCGACUCAGAGAGGUGGUUCCGUAACCAAACUAACCCAAGCUCCGCAUUGGUGAAAGCAGUAGCUCAUUGGGGACCUCACGUGAAUGCUGUUUGUGUCAUUGUAGUGCCAAUUAUCCUCGUCUUUAUCUCCAAUGCAAUGCUCAUCUACACGAUCAGGCAGAGGCAGAAACAGUUCAACCCUCAGACUUCCUACAAAUCCGAAUCACAAAUGUCUGGGUCAUCACAAUCCCGUACUGAGCAGAAGGUGACCAGCACUGUCUGUGCCAUAGUCACCUGUUUCACCAUUACACAGGGUCCGUCAGCCUUCACCACUAUCAUGACCGAGUACUACCCUAUUCAGCACGAGUUUAUGAUUGCUGUG